AUGACGAGAGGCAACAGAAAGAGAAGAAAAGGGGUAGGACAAAAGCUAGUGAACUCAGUUGAAGAAUGGAUGCUAAGAAAUGGAGCAGAGUACUCAUUCGUUGCCACAGAGAAGAACAACACUGCCUCCACCAACCUAUUCUCCCUCAAAUGCCACUACCUCAAUCUCACUUCUCUCCACAUUUUCGUCCACCCCACUACUUUCCCUCCCAGCGGGCACAUCGUCUCCGGCGCCGGCGCCACCAGCAGACAGGUCAAAGUACAGAAGCUCAACAUAACCCAAGCCAUCUCCUUGUACACCAGAACCUUAAAACACAAAGACCUAUAUCUCACAGACAUGGACCUUAUCUUGAAAGAGAAGCUCAGCCUCGGCACUUGGGUAGCGUACUACAAAGACGAUGGUAAUUGGGAACUCGACAAUGAAACUAACAAUGUUCCAACUUCUUGGAUUGUAUUUAGCAUAUGGAACACCUGUGAAGCCUAUAAGCUUCAGGUUAGGUCAAAGUAUAAGCCAUUUAGGGUUUUAAUUCACACGACUCUGAACCAUGCAAGAGACAAGAUCUUCCCUUGUCUGAGAAUCCCUGUGAGCGACUCGCUGUCGAGGCCGUUUGGGUUUCUGUUCAUGUAUGGGCUCCAUGGGGAAGGAGACAACCUCGGAGAGCUCAUGGAAUGUGCGUGGAGGUUCACGUCGAGGUUGGGGGAAAAGAUGAAGGACUGUAAAGUCGUUAUAACUGAGCUAGGGUUUGGUGAUCCUCUCGCAAAGCUCGUGCCUCAGACAGCUUCCAUGUCUUGUGUUGAUGAUCUCUGGUAUAUUAAGAGGCUUUCACGACAGAGUGAUGAGGAUGAGGAUGAACUGUUGAUGAAGGGGCAAGUGAGGAAUGUGUUUGUUGAUCCUAGGGAUUUUUAG